AGGUUAUGUUCAGCUGUUCUGAUUAAUUUCCCCACCACUGUUGUUUAUUGUUAUUUAAUAUUAAGAAAUUUAUAUAAAAUAAUUUAAUCACAAUGUUGCGGAAGGCGAGUUUUAUUCUUGGUAAUCAAGUUCGUUUGAAUGCUGUUUCAUUGUGUCGUCCAUUUGCCUCGGCUCCUGGUGCUGCAGGGAAACAGGAAAAAUGGGAUUUGUAUGCCGGUGUGUUGGUUGAACGACUGCCUAUUGUAUCCAAGGAACUGAACGCCUUAGAAAAAGACUUCCAAGAAUAUUUGUGGCGUGUGGAAUUCGAGAAGUCGCUUAAAUCCGACAGCGAAAUCCAACACGAACGAGAUUUAAAACAGGCUGAACUACUUAAGAAAGGCCAAAUAGAUCUCGAUGAAGCUGCCUCCAAACAAACUGCACAGGAUCUAAAAGAUGCUUACACCGAAGAAUUGAAUAAAUUCGAAAAGGCUCCACGUACAACGGCUGAUGACAAAACUAACAAUGUUUUGUCUACAAAUCGUUGUUUGGACGACAAAUUAUAUCUUUUGGUGGAGCAAGCUGUUGGUUCCAAAAAGCAUUUCCUCUUGCCCCAAGGACCCCGUCUGGAGGGUGAAACAAUGCGCCAAGCGGCCGAACGCAUUGUACGCGAAAAGUGUGGCGAACAAUUGGAUUUGUUGUUUUACGGCAAUGCCCCUUGUGGUUUUUAUAAAUAUAAGUAUCCCGCAGCAGUGAGAGAUCAGUCGGUUGGUGCUAAAGUAUUCUUUUUCAGAGCUUCACUUAAAAAUGGCAAUGUCGACAAAAAUAUUAGCAAGAAUUUUGCCUGGAUGCAAAAGGAUGCUUUGGGUAGUAAACUAAGUAACGAGCGAUACGUUGAAAGUGUUCAAAAAUUUUUAGUUUAGUUAAUGUUUGUUGUGGAGAAAUAAAGUUAAACUAAUCAUUAUA